AUGCGUGGUACAUAGUACUAACGUACUAUGAAUAUUAGAUAGCAAUAUUUUACCCCCUGUAUAUUAAGUGCGAACUGAUGUUUCUGGUUGUUGGACAUAAAACCUUUAUCUGCCGCCAAUGCAUAAUUUAUUUAGUAAAUUUGAUCGAAAAUGCAAAUCAAUGUGGUUUCGAGAAAAUUUAAUAGAUUUUCAUUUAAUGCUAUUGAAUAAAACUUCAAAAUUAAAAAGCUGUCCGUUCAUUAGUCUUAAAUGGCUUCCGGGCGGAUCAGGAAUUCGAAAUACGACGUAUACUGCGCAAACGCACACUUUAUCUGUUGCAAUAUAAGCGAUGAGACGAGCCGUUGCCAGUUCCAGUCGUCAGAAAAUGUAACGCACAAGCAGUUUGCUAGAAGGAUGUGUUUUUUGUCCGUUAUCGGUGUUUUAACCAGUUGCAUUAUUUAUUCAUCGGGAUUGGAUUAUUCUAGUAAAGUAUCAUAUGCUGCCACUCAAUGGUUCGACCAGAUGAAUGCAGAAUUGAAACAGCUCAACCAUGAAGCCGCUGUGUACGCCUGGGACGCAAGCACAUUGCCAACGCAAACAGCCACCGUCGAAAAAGUAAUCCAGCUGACGGUGCGUAAAGCUCACUGGGAGCGAAAAAUGUGUAGCCGAGGGGAGGCAUACAGAGACUUCAAUGCCAACUUUCACAGAGCGCUAACUCUGCUAUGUCGGUCAACGAAAAACACGGAUGCAGAAAUAAAAGAAAUCACGAGUCUGUUAGGAUUUAUGCAAAACAUUUACACUGGGGCUCAAGUUUGUCUUAAUGGCACUUUUAGCAAUGAAAAUCUGCUCUGGGAAAAUACUUUCUUUCGGUAUCCGCAUUUUGGGAAUAAAAGUGAAAAAAAUCCCACCUCGCUAUCGAAACCAUUGUGUCUUUAUGGGGAACCAGAUAUGGAGCAGCUGAUGACAGGAGCAGAGUCCUUGCACGGCUUCAAGUCAAUCGCGAACUAUUCUUCGAAUGACGAAUCUAUUUUAAACUGGGCUUGGCAAUCAUGGAGGUUAGCUGUUGGGCCUCCGUUAAAAAAAUCAUAUCAACAGCUGUUCACUCAUUUGAACAAUGGCGCACGCAGAGCCGGUUAUCAGGAUAUUGGUGAAAUGUGGCGAAAGGAACUAGGAAUGCCAGAUCUUCGAGCUACCGUUGAAAGGCUAUGGCAGGACGUGAAACCCCUAUACCAAAAACUGCAUGCAGUCAUCAGAUAUCAACUGAAGAAAACCUUCCCAAACGUGCAGCAGUCGAAUGGCUUGAUACCGGCUCAUCUUGCUGGAGAUAUGUGGAGUCAAAAUUGGGCAACGCAUGCCAAAGCUAUUUUGGCUCAUGAGGUCGACAUCGACGGUAACUUUGAACAAAGCAACUGCAGCGCUAAACAGCUCGUUAAAAGGGCAGAAGAUUUUUUCUCCUCCAUGGGGCUGCCGAUGAUGACUAAAACCUUUUGGGCGAAAAGCAUUUUCGAGCGUUCCGAAAAUGUAACUAAGUGUCAUGGAACGGCAGCUAAUAUGUUCAAAUAUGGAGAUUAUAGGAUUAUAGCUUGUUCUGGUAGAUCUAUGAAUGAUUUCUACGUUCUUGUUCAUGAAAUGGGACAUAUCAUGUACUAUAUGUUAGCUUCAAAUCAACCUCCAAUUUUCCAGGAUGGAACCAAUUCAGCAUUUCAGGAAAGUGUAGGAGACACAAUACAUCUGGCGACUAUGAGCCCUCUUCAUUUAGUUCGGCUUGGUCUACUAAAUUCUUCAUAUUUAAAACCUGAGCUUGAUGAUGACCUAAACUCAUUCGACUAUAGUCUGCUGCUGCAAAUAGGACUAUCCAAAAUACCCGCCCUGCCGUUCUCCUACAUAAUGGACCGUUACCGAUGGGACCUGUUCGACGGAACUGUUAACUUCGACACCGACGCAAACACCUACUUCUGGUAUCUACUGGAAAAUGAACAAGGAAUCCGUCCAGCAUCGUCGGUUGACCGAACAGAUCUUUUCGACGCAGCGGCUAAAUAUCAUUUCCCGGACAACACACCAUACGUGCGAUACUUUCUGGCCAACUUUCUAAGCUUCCAGAUUUUGGAAGGCCUUUGCAAGAAAUCGAUUUUCGGAGACGUCAACACGGCAAACCGGUUACCGAUGCCUUUGCAUCGUUGCGAUAUUUAUGGUUCGAAACGAGUCGGUAGAUUACUAGAAAAAGCUUUGCGAUUAGGAGGAUCAGAACAUUGGAGAGUAGUGCUGGAUAUUUUAACUGGUACAACCGAAAUAUCAUCGCAACCACUGAUCGAAUAUUUUAAACCAUUGAAUGUGAUGUUAGAUAAAAUUAUAACCGAGUGGAAACUUCCCGUAGGCUGGAAAAAGCAUUCUAACGUUGAUGAGUUAUUUGUUUAAAAAAAUAUUACUGCUAAGAUCAAAAAGGGUUAGUUG